AUGUCCGGAACCCAGAAUACCAACCCAGGGAACUUUGCCAACCGUCCCAAGGAGGAAGUGCGUGAAAUUGCUGCCAAGGGUGGUCAUGCCAGUCACAGUGGUGGCUUCGCAAGCAUGGACCCAGAUAAGCAGCGUGAGAUCGCAUCAAAAGGUGGUCAUGCAUCGUCCGGUAGCUUUCAACCCGGCAGCGAGCGUGCCCGUGAGGCUGGUCGGAAGGGGGGCUCCCGUACGGGUGGAGGAACUGGAAGUGAUGAGUAG